GUAAUAUCUCAUCUGUCCAAUUUCUUUUGGGCGUGCCACGAGAGGACUGGAAUAUUUUGUACUUAAUUACUUGGCAUUCCCCUUUUUAAGUAUUAUUUAAUUUCCACAUUUUUCUGAAAAUUUGCAUCAAAACGUGGACCAUACAUGAAUAUAAUGAUGCAGCUUUUACAUCCCAGGUUCAUGGAUUCGAAUUUCAGCCCAAGCCCUACGGAGGCACAUCCUGAUACGAUGGAUUUUCUGUCUCUUGCAUGGUGCAAUUUUGCAGUACAAGCUUUGCAACCAGAGCAACAAGACCACCAAUCUCUAGUUUCGUUAAGUGAUCCAAUUAUCAAGUUUGAGAGCCAAAACAUGACUCAAAUCACGAAGUUGGACAAGAAUGCAAAGAUGGAUGGUGCAGAUGCCAAGCCUAUACCACCAUGGAAAUCUAAUGAUGUAAAGUCAUGGAUAUGGAUGCAACAAGCCAUGCAUCCAGAAUUGAACUACAACAGCUAUUUCCGAAAGAAAUGGCUGUCAUGGAAGAUAGUGCCAUUCAAGAACAUGUCGAUCAAGAAGUGGCUGAAGGAGAUUAAAGAAAGGCGGAAAGAGGAACACAGGUUGCAAAGAGCUGAAGUCCAUGCAGCUAUAUCUAUGGCAGGUGUGGCAGCAGCGCUUGCUGCCAUUGCGGCUGAAAGCUCUGGAAAGAAUGAGAGCACUGCUAAGGAAGGAGCUGUGGCUUCUGCAGCUGCUCUGGUGGCAGCCCAGUGUGCAAAAGUUGCAGAAGCAAUGGGAGCAAAGAAGGAACAGAUCAGCAGUGUAAUAGGUUCAGCCAUGAGUAGCACAAGUGCAAGUGAUAUCUUAACCCUCACAGCUGCAGCUGCAACAUCAUUAAAAGGAGCAGCUACACUUAAAGCAAGAUCAGGAUGCAAGAAUAUGCUACAUGGGGGUGCACCCGUGCUGCCCAUCGAGGAGAGCCAUGAGGUUGACUUCGACUUUGAAAAGUGUAGGUCAAUGCUUGGAAUGGGUGCGCACCUCAGCAUCGAAACACCAGAUGGGAAGUACACGGUCAGAUCAGUGUCCGUCAUCCUAAGCAGUGAAGCCAAGGUUGUUCUUAAAAUAAGGAAGCUCAGUCUAUUGAAAAGCAAGCAGGAAAGUAUCAUACUGGACAUGCAUGCAGAGCUGUAUAAAGAUUCAGAGGCAGAGACUGGUACAGGUUAUCUUAUCGUCUUGACAACGAGUAAGGGGACAUUCAAACUUGACAUGGAAGAUGACUAUCAACGUUACACAACAUGGGCCACAACCAUUAAUCAUAUGCUGAUGCUCUCUACUUCAUUAUCAAAAUAUCAUCUUCAGUUCUACAAAAACUAAUGUCACCAGCUAUUACUAUAAUCAAUUUGUUGCACCGAUGUGCAUAUCUGUCCUGUUUUAUGUAAUUAUCACAAGUAAAUUCAUAAUU